AUGUCCUAUCAGUAUCCACCUCAUCAACAACCUCCAUACGGUUAUCCUCCUUCUGGAGGACCCCCUCCUCCUCCUCCGCAGGGCUAUCAGCAACCUCCCUUUCCUCAACAACAAUACGGGCCUCCCGGGGGCGCUCCUCCACCCCAAUCUGGCUACGGUCACCAACUUUCCUAUCCUCCUCAAGGCCAGCCGGGCCAAGGAUACUACGGGGGCCCUCCACCACCGCACGGCGCAUAUCCACCUCCCACUCAUUCGCCGCAACCACCCCAGCAAUACGGCCAUCCCCCGCCGGGUCAACACUACCCUCCUCCGCAGGGUCAUGCCCUCCCACCAGGGCCACCUCCCAUGCACGGAGGUUAUCCAGGGGGCGCUCCCGCUUCCAACGCAUACCCGGCGCCGCCUUCACUUGGCUAUGUACCGGGACAAGUUGCACCGGGCGACUUUCGUGCGGAGGCCGACGCUCUCCGCAAGGCCAUGAAGGGCUUUGGUACGGACGAGAAGGCACUUAUCCAAGUCCUCUCGCGACUGGACCCUCUCCAGAUGGCCGGUGUACGCGCCACAUACUCCCAGCACAUCGGCCGCGAUCUGUUCAAGGACGUCAAAUCGGAAACAAGCGGGUACUUCGAACAAGGUCUGUUGGCCGUCAUCGAGGGACCGCUCAUGCACGACGUGACUUGCGUUCGCGAAGCCGUCAAGGGCAUGGGCACUAAAGAAUGGCUCCUGAAUGACGUUCUCCUGGGCCGAUCCAAUGCCGACCUCCAAGCCAUCCAGGCCCUCUAUGAACGCACCUACGGUCACUCGUUGGCCAAGGACGUCGAAGACGACCUCUCCUUCAAAACAGCCGAACUUUUCAAAAUGGUGCUCCGCGCCACCCGCCACGAAGACUCUGUGUCCUUGAACCCACAAUCCAUCGAAGCCGAAGUACGCACCAUCCACGACUCCACUGCAGCCCGCAUGGUCAACAACGUCACCGAGGUCUGCGGCAUCUUCGCCCGCUCCUCCAAUGCCGAGUUGCGCGAGAUCAGUCGUGCCUUUGAAGCGCGCUAUCACGCUUCCCUCGAGAAGCACAUCGAGAAGGAAUUUGCGGGCCACAUGGAAGAUGCGCUGUUGCAUAUGCUGCGCACCGCGACAAAUCCUGCGAUGCGCGACGCGAUUCUCCUGGAAGAAUGUAUGGCGGGGAUGGGCACCAAGGAUGAAAAGUUGGUUAUCCGGGUUGUUCGCGCGCAUUGGGAUCGGCAGCACAAGGAUCAGGUCAAGAGGGCUUAUCAUCACCGAUAUGGCCGGGAUUUGAUCGAUAGAGUGCAAGGGGAGACAUCUGGUGAUUACAAGCGGUUGAUGGUUGCGUUGCUGGGGUGA